AUGUGUGACCAGCAGCCCAGUCAGUGUUGCAUGCCAAUGCCCCAGUGCUGCGUCAAGGGUUCCUCCUUUGGCCCCUCCCAAUUCUCUGGUGCCAAUGGCCCCAUGGUGAUCCAAGCCCCUUGUGAGAUGAGAAUUUUAGAAUGCCCUGCCCCGUGCCCAGUUCAAGUGUCCCAGGCUCCAUGCCAGACUCAGACCACUCAGGUGAAAGGCCAGGCUCCCUGCAAGACUAAAACCACCCAAGUGAAGGGGCAGGCGCCAUGCAAGUCUAAGACCACCACUCAGGUCAAGGGUCAGGCUCCUUGCCAGAAUCAAGUCUCCUGUGUGCAGUGCCAGGCUCCAUGCCAGUCUGCGGUCUCCUACGUGCAGUACGAAGUCCCACAGCCCGUUCAGACUUGCUAUUUAGAAUGCGCUCCGGCUUAUUACACAGAAACUCGUUAUGUGGAGUGCCCCGUCCAGACCUACCCAGUCCACAGCUACAUACAGGGCCCGGCUCCCCAGGCUGUCCCCACUUACAUACAGUGCUCCCCCUUGGGCCAGGCUUCAGGGAGCUUCUCUAGCCAGGGCCAGUAUGGGGGCUCCUACAGUAGCUGUGCCCAGCAGUUCCCAUCCCGAGCUUCCUACGGCAGCUGUGGCCCCCAGCGUCAGUCUCAGCCUUCCUACAACGGCUGCGGGCCCCAAUUCCAGUCGCGACCAUCCUACAGCGGCUGCGCGCCCCAGCGCCAGUCCCAGCCCUCCUACAGCGGCUGCGCGCCCCAGCGCCAGUCCCAGCCUUCCUACAGCGGCUACGCGCCCCAGCGCCAGUCCCAGCCUUCCUACAGCGGCUGCGCGCCCCAGCGCCCCUCUCGACCUUCUUUUAGCACAUGUGCACCCCAAUACCAGAGCCAGGGCACCUACGGGAGCUUCACCGGGCAGCGUCGGUCCCAGAGCACCGGCCGAUGCCUCCCCGCUCCCCGAAGGCUGCAGCCUCCCUACCGCAGCUGCUCCCCGCCGCCACGACGCCCCGAACCCGGCUACAGUAGCUGCCUGGCACCGCGGUGCUCGUCCGGCUACCCCAACUACUGCACCCCGCCCCGCCGCUCCGAACCCAUCCACGGCAGCCACUGUCCUCCUCGGGGCCGCCCUUCCUGCGCACAGAGGGGCGGACCCCGGUGCCGAAUCGAGAUCUCCUCGCCCUGCUGCCCCCGGCAGGUCCCCCCGCAGCGCUGUCCCGUGCAGAUUCCUCCCAUCCGAGGCUCCUCCCAGAGCUGCGUCCCGCGCUCCUCCUGCCCGGACCUCAGGCCACGCCCGCUCCCCAGGUCCUGCCCCCCUCCGCAGCGUCUGGACCCGUGUCCACCGCCACCCGCACACCGGUACCCGCUGCCGGCUCCACGGCCCUGCCCACGCCCGGAACGAUGGUCCAGCCCCGAGCCCCGCCCGUGCCCUCCACAACGACGAUUCUCAGAGCCUAAUCUGUGUCCGGAGCCCUGUCCAGCUCCGCGCCCGGCCCCACGGCCGCGACCCGUGCCGUGCGAGAACCCGGAGCCGCCACGACCGUGCCCACAGCCCUACGAGGGCCCAGAGCCCUGCUCUCCUUCCCAGCCCAUUCCCCUCCCAGCGCCGCCAUGCUCCAGCUCAGAGCCCUACGGAGAGCCUGCGCGCGGCCCCAGCCCCUGCUCGGGCUCCAAUCCCAUGCCAUAUCCGGGAGACCUAGGCUGCCACGAGUCCAAUCCGUGCCGCCUGGACACCGAGGGCCCCGGCUGUGGCUCACACAGCUACAACCAGGGCCAGGAGGGCGGCUCCGGCUGUGGAUCUGAAGAUAUCUUCCCGGAGCCACAGGGCUCUGGGGGUUGCGGGGACCAAGGCGGCAGCUACUCGGGGGUGAACGGCGGGGGCUAUUCCGGGGUGAAAGGCGGUGGUGGUUUCUCUGGGGUGAACGGCGGGGGUUUCUCUGGGGUGAAAGGCGGGGGUUUCCCUGGGGUGAAGAGUGCCUUCUUUUAA